AUGGUUCCCCAUUCACAUCCACUUCUUGGAGAUGCUCUGCCGCCGCUUAGCAACACUGCGGAGGGCGUGGCUUCAGAUUCUGAAAAGCAGACAAUAAUCGGCCGUGAUGGGGCGGUGGCUUGUGUGCAACAUGAGAGAAAAUCUUCAUACUCUUUUCCGGUGCCUCUGCUAAGCGUAGCACUUAUCUCGUUGGCUGUCGUGUACUUGGUGCUGCGUUGUUUUGACGUGACAAAGGGAAGAUCUCGGGUGGAUCCGUUGAGGAGAUCGCUUGCAGCUGCCGACGGAAGGCCAUGCAACGGAUAUGAAGAAGGCGAUAAAAGCGGCGAAGGUGGGGAGGUUGCGGAGUGGGGGGCAUUUGGGCAUGGGGGAUCUGAUGGAACUUCUAGGGAGCGUUCGGCAGAAGGCGAUAUUGGUCGGUGGGUGUGGCACACACGAGAAACUCUAAGAUGGCCAUCAAUGCCAACGACAACAGCUACUGGAGGCUUCGGAGUAACUCAUGGAGUUAGGUCUGUGAAUGGACUCCAUGCUGCAGCUUCAACGGUGGGAUUCCAACCAGCCCAGUCGCAAGAUAGUCGUCCUGUAGGGUCCCUUUGGGCCCAAGAAGUGCCGGGCUCUGAAUCGGCAGUAAUGGGACGCCACUUUAAAGUUGCCUUCCAACAACGGAAUGAAACCGGUCAUCCUGCAGGAGGUCCCGGUGGAAUGUUGCGUGAAGAAGAAGUGUUGAAAAUGUGGGAAGGAAGAGGCCUACCUCCAGCUACUCAGGAGCAGGUUGUCAGUCUGUCUCAGCAAAUGGGUGCUGCUGUAUUGAUGUGCCAGUCCUUGUUACCUGCGCUAACCCACAGCCAGCGGUUGCGUCUGGCGCUUGAAGUGGUGAGGCUUCUGGCACUGCAACUGGGAGCUUUUUCCCUCGUGCAACAGCAUCUCGAGCCUUUCCGGUCACAGCUGGGUUACGACCUAUUGCAGCUAAGUAAUGAAGCUGAGACGCAGCGGCGACGAGGAGCACCUUGA